AUCUAAGGCUGUGUAUCUUUGUAUGAUUGAAUUUCUCUGUAACACAACAGAGUGUCUAACGUGCAUCCAAUGAUCAAAAACAUUCACGCACGAAGCUUAAGGCGGUCACGCGCAGAUACGCUGGAUGCGCGCCAAACAACCUGUUAGGUCACAGAUGAUCGUAGAAUGGGUUUCAUGAGUCAAAACUCGUAACUCGCCAUUCACAAGGCACAACUCACAAGUCGCAAAACGUCAAAACGCGGGGAGCCGUGACAACCUGACCGGGGGGAGGCUGCGAUGAGCACAUGGUGUGGAUGUUAUAACAACAUCCGAAACCGAAGACCAGAAGUUUUGGAAAUCCAUGAGAGUCAGAUGCCCUGUCCCACUCUCACUCUGAAGCGAGCUAUACAUCUUCAGGCCAUGGCCUGAUUUUACUGCUCUCAAAACCAAAGGGUCGCGACGAUGGAAGCCCUUCCGUUUGCAGUAGGAAGCAGAGGAUUCCGUACGCUUAAUUCCAGAAGGAGAAGAAUUGCUUCAUACAGUAGUCAUUAUCCUGUCUAUAAACAAAUCGAUUUUUCUUAUCUCCUUCAUAAGCCCUUCCAUGCCUCGUCCUUACGGUGCCGAACGAUCGCCUGUCUUGCUCAAGGCAACGACAAUCAUCACCACCGCCACCAAGAUCACCACCAGCAGCACCAUCAUCACUCCCACCCUCACCAUCACCACCAUGAUCAUCACCAAAGCGAAGUUCCGGUGUUGAACAGGUCGCAGGAGGCGGUUCUUCGCUUUGCUAAGGCAAUUGGAUGGAUUGACUUGGCAAAUUUCCUUCGUGAGCAUCUGCAGUUGUGCUGCUGUUCGACGGCUAUGCUUCUUGUCGCCGCAGCUUGCCCCUACUUGUUCCCCAAGUCAGUGAUGAAGCCUGUACAGAACGCCUUCAUUGCUGUCGCCUUUCCUCUUGUCGGGGUGUCAGCAGCACUUGAUGCUCUAAUUGAUAUUACUGCUGGAAAAGUAAAUAUUCAUGUCCUCAUGGCUCUUGCUGCCUUCGCAUCAGUAUUUAUGGGGAAUGCCUUGGAAGGGGGCUUACUUCUUGCAAUGUUUAAUCUGGCCCAUAUUGCGGAAGAGUAUUUCACCAGUCGCUCAAUGAUUGAUGUUAAAGAGUUGAAGGAGAACCAUCCAGAUUUUGCUCUUGUACUGGAAGUGGAUGGUGAUAAUGCACCUCAUUUCUCAGAUUUGACGUACAAAAGAGUUGCUGUGCAUGAUGUAGAAGUGGGUUCAUAUGUGUUGGUCAGAGCUGGUGAGUCUGUGCCUGUAGAUGGUGAAGUUUUCCAUGGGAGAGCAACAAUUGCUAUUGAGCACUUGACGGGGGAAGCCAAACCAUUAGAAACUAAAGUUGGGGAUAGAGUUCCGGGUGGUGCAAGGAACUUGGAUGGUAUGAUGAUAGUCAAGGCGACCAAGACAUGGAAUGAAUCAACUUUGAACAGGAUUGUGAAGUUAACUGAAGAAGCACAUCUAAAUAAACCAAAACUUCAAAGGUGGCUGGAUGAAUUUGGUGAGCAUUACAGCAAGGUUGUUGUAGCUCUAUCUUGUGCAGUUGCCCUUAUUGGACCUCUUCUUUUCAAGUGGCCAUUCAUUGGUUCAACAGGUACUUUGUAAGAGGUUCAUUUGUUCCACUAAAAAUAUUUAAUAAUGUCAUUGGUUGUUCUUGAAUUGCCUUUUAUCUGGUUAUCUCCUUUAGAUGUCUAAAUGAUCAGUCUAAAAAAGUA